UGGCUACAACCGACUCCCUGAACUGGUCUGGGUCCGUUAUCGCUUUCUUCGAGUGCCCCUUGCGUAAACGAGUAACCUCUGAGAAUCUACAUCACUAGGCCAUGCCUCUUAGAGCUGCUGCCAAAACUUUACCGGGGUUUCUCACUUCCAGACGUGGACUACUUACCGAGUGUCAAUCAAUUCCCGACCUCGCCUCACACUGAACUGCGAGCAACAUGGACGCUACUUAGCAGCCGGCAGCAAUUAGUGACUUAUGAAGAAUCAUGCGUCAGCCGGAGAAGGGAAAGGUACGUCCCGUUCGACCGUUCUUCCCUGACUAACCAUGAGAAUUGGCUCGAGCUCCGCUUUCUUCACAUGUACGUUCCCGACUGCUUUCCACGCCGAAGAAACCUUAUUUGGAACGGGGAUGGAUGGUCUCCAUUAUGCAUGGAUCUUAGCAAAGGGGAGAGGAGGGUCAAGGCGACAGCGGGUCGGUCUAUUUUGAGCUUCAUGUGGGUCUGCCUGUCUGAUCUUAGAUUGAGGCAAGAAUGGAAGGAAGGGGCUCUCGAGGAGAGGGAUGAUGAAGUCAUCACUUCGCACCGUCACAUAAGAAACACGAAUGCCGAGGCUUCCAGGUCAGAUUCGACACGUAGAGCACAGCAAGAAGGCACACUCCAUGAUUGCUGAACUGAUUUGUGCUACUGGGUGGGACAUUUCUCGUCUUUCGGCCGGCUUUGGACCAGCGGCUCCGGAGGAUGCAUCAUUGCCCGUCGUUUCUUCGAGGUUGCAUCAUGCUCACGUGUUUUCUCAAACUGGGUACCGGCUCUCGAGUCCUGACAGCCUUUUCUCUUAUUGUUAGAAAUAUAUGUCCAUCGUGUUGGACUGCCACAGCCCUCAGAGAAAGACGUAUGGUAUCAAGUCUUGUGGCAGAAAUGAUUGUAAAUCCAAUCUAGGAAUACACCAAUAAAACCGAAGUGUUAGGGUGCUCGACCCAAUGACACCAACAUAGUAAAAAUGUUUUGCUCCGACCAAGAUGUUCAAGAUAUAUCAUUUCCAGGAUUGUU